AAGGUUAUGUCUUUCCGUGGACGCGGCGGCCGGGGAGGCGGCGGUUUUAGAGGUGGCCGAGGAGGCGGAGGAUUCAGGGGACGUGGUGGCGGUGGCGGUGGUUUCGACAGGGGCAGAGGGUACGAUCAAGGACCUCCAGAGACGGUGACACCGUUGGGACAUUUCACGUGGACGGUGGAGAACGACUUGGUUCUUAAAGUCGACAUCGAACAAGUGCCCUUCUUUAAUGCGCCGAUUUACACAGAGAGCAAGCAACAGAUUGGGAAGAUAGACGAGAUAUUCGGUAACAUUCGAGACUACUAUGUGUCCGUUAAGUUAUCGGAAAACGUGAAAGCCGCCAGCUUCCAAAAGGAUGCACAGUUGUUUAUCGAUCCAGCAAAGCUGUUGCCUCUUCAGAGAUUCUUACCAAGACCUCCUGGAGAACAGAAGCGAGGCGGUGGUCCUGGCAGGGUCAUGAAAAGAGGAGGUAGAGGAGGAGGAGGUUUUGGUAGAGGCGGCAGCAGGGGAUCCUUUGGAAGAGGAGGCGGCGGCGGCUUCGGCGGCUUCGGUAACAGAGGCGGCAGUGGAGGAUUCAGAGGUCGUGGAGGAGGCGGUGGAUUCAAUCGUCCCAAUUCAGGUGGUCGCGGAGGAGGAGGCAGAGGGAGAUGGUAGAAUCUGUAUAUGUAUAAUUAUAAAAAUUUUAAUUGUUAAAUUAAAUAAUUAUGAAAAGAA